UUUAAAAUCAUAUUUCAGAAAGAACCUAAGACUAGAAAGGCGGCUGAAAAGAAGGUCCAGAUUAGAGCCCAGGAGAAGAUGGUGGAGGAGCUCCUGGUGGUGCAGUACGGCCAUGGAGACAGUGAUGAGGUGGAGGAGCUGAAGCGGAGCCUUGAGGAGAAAGAUAAUGUCAUCAAGGAGAAGGAGCAGUUAAUAAAGGAGAAGGAGCAGUUAAUAAAGGAGAAGGAGGAAAUCAUCAAGGAGAAGGAGCAGAUGAUAAAGGAGAAGGAGCAGUUAAUAAAGGAGGAGCAGUUAAUAAAGGAGAAGGAGGAAAUCAUCAAGGAGAAGGAGCAGAUGAGAAAGGAGAAGGAGCAGUUAAUAAAGGAGAAUAAAGGAGAAGGAGCAGUUAUAAAGGAGAAGGAGCAGUUAAUAAAGGAGAAGGAGGAAAUCAUCAAGGAGAAGGAACAGAUGAUAAAGGAGAAGGAGCAGUUAAUAAAGGAGAAGGAGCAGUUAAUAAAGGAGAAGGAGGAAAUCAUCAAGGAGAAGGAACAGAUGAUAAAGGAGAAGGAGCAGUUAAUAAAGGAGAAGGAGCAGUUAAUAAAGGAGAAGGAGGAAAUAAUCAAAGGAGAAGGAGCAGAUGAUAAAGGAGGAGAAGGAGAUAAGGAGAAUGAGAAGGAGAAAGGAAGGAAGAUAAUAUCAAGGAGGACAAUCAGAAGGAAGGAGAAGAUGAUAAAGGAGAAGGAGCAGUUAAUAAAGGAGAAGGAGGAAAUCAUCAAGGAGAAGGAACAGAUGAUAAAGGAGAAGGAGCAGUUAAUAAAGGAGAAGGAGGAAAUCAUCAAGGAGAAGGAACAGAUGAUAAAGGAGAAGGAGCAGAUAAUAAAGGAGAAGGAGCAGUUAAUAAAGGAGAAGGAGGAAAUCAUCAAGGAGAAGGAACAGAUGAUAAAGGAGAAGGAGCAGUUAAUAAAGGAGAAGGAGCAGUUAAGGAAAGGAGAAGGAGGAAAUCAUCAAGAGAAGGAACAGAUGAUAAAGGAGAAGGAGCAGAGAAGGAGCAGACAAAGAGAGGAGGAUGAAAAGGAGAAGGAGGAAGGAGAAGGAGCAGACAAAGGAGAAGGAGAAGAUGAUAAAGGAGAAGGAGGAGACAUUAAUGAGAAGGAGGAGAAAAGGAGAAGGACAGUCAAGGAGAGAAGGAGAGAUGAGAGAAGGAGAAGGAACAGGAUAAAGGAGAAGGAGCAGAGAAGGAGCAGGAGAAUAAAGGAGAAGGAGGAAAUCAUCAAGGAGAAGGAACAGAUGAUAAAGGAGAAGGAGCAGUUAAUAAAGGAGAAGGAGGAAAUCAUCAAGGAGAAGGAACAGAUGAUAAAGGAGAAGGAGCAGUUAAUAAAGGAGAAGGAGCAAAAGGAGAAGGAGGAAAUCAUCAAGGAGAAGGAACAGAUGAUAAAGGAGAAGGAGCAGUUAAUAAAGGAGAAGGAGCAGUUAAUAAAGGAGAAGGAGCAGUUAAUAAAGGAGAAUGAGGAAAUCAUCAAGGAGAAGGAACAGAUGAUAAAGGAGAAGGAGCAGCUUAUGUCUCCACCAGCCCCGCCGCCGCCUUCCCCAUCACUGUCACCUCCGUCACCCCAGGCAACCACUCCGUCAUCACUAUCAUGUGAAGCUGACCUUGUUGACCUUGGCGGAGGGGUAAUGGUGAAGAAAAUAGUCCUAGACGCCUGCCUUUCUUCCGCCAAGGGAUCGACUUCCAAGCUGGUCAGAAAUUUGCUCCAUGCAUUUUUUUCUGACCAGGAGCUUGGGGAAUCUUCGGCAGAAGGGAAGGGGACGAAGGCUGCUUUGCCAACAAUGACAGUGGCAGCAAUAAAGGGGUUUGUGUUAUCAAAGAGCCCGAAGACAACAGAGAGAGAGUUGGUUCAAAUCAUCAACUGCCAGUGUGCGGACUCACGGAAAAAAAACAAGAACCGUGUGAUCACUACUGACCUCUGA